AUGGCGAGUUCUGAAGAAUCUCCGAAGGAGACUCCGGGGAACACCGAGGAGGAUCUCAGGAUUUUUGAAACUCUCUGUAUUUCAUCACCAGACAAGUUAGAGCAGGAAGAUAUGACCCACGAUGUCACGACGUGCCUGAAGAGCGAAUUGGCGGUAUUGGAGUACAAACGAGAUCGACUUUCAGCUGAACUGGAGGAAAUGAAGUCUACGGUGAGAUCGAGGGACGCGCGGGUGCUGGAGUUACAGGUGGAGGCUGAUCAAUUGAGAGAACAGGCUGCCAGGCAGAACUCCAUCAUUUCUAGUCUCAAGAAGAGAAUACAGGAUCUAGAGGAACGUGAGAGGAAUCUCUACGCCACCCAAGGCAGAAGCGAGAUAACUCUGCAGAGUCUCCAACGAGAUCUGAAAUAUCACGAGGAAAAACAUCGAGAGUAUGAGAAAAAAAAUUGUCAAUUGGAGCAUCACAUGUCGGAGGAGAUCGAGAUGAAAGAACGUGCGCGUUUGAAUCUCCACGAUUUUGUUCGCCGCUUGGCGCACGCACUGAACAGUGAAUUUUGUGACAGCACUCAUCACAGUCCGGAACUGGUGAUUCACAAGGCUGAGGAGUUGGUUCAAGAGGUCAAUAGGCUGCGUACGAAGACAACGACCGUGGAAAGCCACUUGACAACAGUUGAAGUGGAAGGAAAGAGCCUCCGCGAUGCCCUAGAUAGAGCCAAUAUCGACAGAGAUCAAAUGCAGCGACAGAUAUCUACGCUCAACACCGAACUAGAUCGUCUUCGCCAGGACAAGGAGUGUCUGGAGAUGCAGUACAGAGUAGCGGAGAGAGAAAAUAACGAGCUCAGGGACAAAUUGGUGAAUGCUAACAGAAGUCUCACCAGUGCCACAGGAAAUGUUACCAACCAGGAAGCUAUUAUUUGUCAGCUACGAGAUGACUUGAAAAAUCGUGAGGAAAAGGCACAGAGGGCACAGAAUGAAAUGCGUCAUUUUCUCGAGUCCCUGGCGAUUCUUUUGAGCACACCGAGUCGUUUCGUUGAGUCCCAUGAGAAUGCCGUCAAGGACAGGAUACGGGAGAUUUUGGCUGACGCCAAGGAUCAGGCGCUGAGAAUUCAAAGUCUCAAAGAUAAAGUGAAUGCAACAACGGAAUCAGCAGGUCGUCAAACAGAAUUGGUCGAGUCGAGUCUGAUAAAGAUGAGAAACCUCGAGGAGGAUCGUGCCGUUCUGGAGGCAAAAAUUCACAAAUUGGAGUCUGAACUCACCAGUUGUGAGCUCACCAAAGAGUCACUGCGGAGGGACAAACAGAGCUUUCAAAUAUUCCUAGAGCGUCUGGGCAAGGCCAUGCAGAUGGACGAAAUUUCCCAGGAGAUCGGCCUUGACUUACAGACCGAGGCAUUACUCGUACGUGCCGAGCAAUUGGCCCGCUUAGAGACCGACAAACUCGUUGACAAGACAUCCGUGGUGUAUCAACUCCAGCGUCGCGUGAGGACACUCCGUGAGCAAUUGCAGCGUCGAGACUUGCACCUGGAUCUGCUCCGUAGAAAACUCUCGUUGCAGGAAGACGGCGUGAGAAUAAAAUCCAUCCUGCAGGCCGAAAGGGAUGAAGCCAAUCUCCGGGCCAAGAAAGCGGCAAAACAAGUGGAGCGUUUGCAGAUCCAAUUGGCAGAAGAAAAGUCGCGAAAUCGAGAGCUCAGUACUCAACUGACCGAGGCGGCUGAUUACAAGAUCGCAGCAUUGGAGCGUAGCAGAAAAAUUGAGGAACUACAGAAGCGUCUGGUAGAGAGUGAAAUGUUGAGAACACGAUACACUAGAAAGUUCGGUCUCCUCAAGGAUCAAAUGCGUACGACAACGGAGAGCGCUGAUCAGGAGAGAUCGAUAAAUGAUCACUCGCUUCAACUGUUGAGGGACGAGUUGGCUCAGGUCAAGCAGAAUUUGGGGGAGGUAACGAGGAGAGAGUCACAGCUACAGAGUUUCCGUGUCUCUGUUGCCAAAAUACUCAACGAACCCAUCUGCACACCCGACUACGAGAUAAUAUCGCGUUUACAAAAGUUGGUGGCUGCACACAGGGAUUUCACAAUGUUGUCGAGGAGGUACGAUGAGCCACUGGAGACUAGUCCGUCGAGGUGUACGAGCAUUCAUCCAGUCCACUCGGUCCACCCGCCUCGUUCCCCGGGCUCUCGCUGCACGAGAUACGACGACAGUGGCUACGCGGACCCUCCCGAUCUUCACGACAUAGACGACGAGUACAAACGCCCAGUUCGAAGCAGCCUCCUACCAUGACCCCGGUCAAAAUUCACCAUAUAAUCCCCAAGCACCUCGAUUCAUCGGAAUUCCUCACUCACCCCAUCUCCUUAAUGUGUUCAAAUAAUAGUAGACUUAAUGGCACCGGCCAUUAAGCCUCCAAUGGCACAAUUAGUCUCCCGUAAGGCACUCGUUUAUGCCCGAGUAAACGAGUGACAUUUACAUUCCCAAUAAAUACCAGACUAACCGUAAUAAAAAUAAUUAAUUGUAAAUGAGAGAGAAAAUUAUUGCCAGCCUACUGGUAAUAAAAUUAAAAAGAAAAUUAUUUCCCUUUUCUUUCUCUUAGCUAACACGUAGUAAUUUUUGUAUUUAAACACGUAUACAAUAUCACCUGGAGGAGUACUGAAGGAUAGAGGGAGAAAAUACGAGAAUUGUGGAGAGGAGAGGAACAUUGUGAGUGGUACAACCGCAUUCCACGAGGCAGACGCUCACGAGCCAGUUGAGAGACCCCCAGACUACUCGACACUCAUACAAACCAGAAAAAAUACCAGCGGAAGUCCAGGGAAAUAUGUGUACACGUACACAUCGUAGAUACUAUUUCAUUUGUGUGGAAAUUACGAGGAUAGGACAAUUCAACAAUUUUCGGUGUCACUGUGUGAAUGCCUCAUGGGUUUUCACUGAAUAGGAAAAAACUACGUGAGCCCAUGGUUUAUUGCACACACUGUACAACGGGACAAAAAAUCCCACGGCAUUGCCAUGUCCUCCUUACCUCGACUCGAAAAAUAAUAUAAUGCAGAGAUUAAUGAAAUAGUGUUAUUAGGCACUACGAGGCCAACAGGAAACAAAAACCGUUGGGUUUUCCAUUUCUUGCUUCUUCGUUGCAUCUUUGUUACAAUUAUUAUCCGGAAAUGGCGGAUAAUCUUAUCUUAUUUACUUGGAUCAGUGAAAAUUGGAUGUUGUAAAAGUUUGUAUCUAAAAAUUUUGUUAUCAAAAUUUCAAACUUGAAACGUUUGUUGGGUGAAGCACUGUCAAGAAGCGUGAUUCAGUGAUUUCAAUUUCAUUUUCAUUAACAUCUUAGUGAAUUGAAUUAUUUGUUGAUGGAAUAAAUGUUAUGUGGGACGUCGUCGCUAUGAGUGAAUGUAUUCAUUUUAGUGAAAUAAAAUACUUGUUUUCUCCGACUACGUUAUUUCGUUCAAUCUUCAAAUCAUGAAUUGUAACCAAUUAUUAAUUUAGU